CCGUAGCUAGUUCCCUCCUCUGGGAGGGUUUAACUGCCCGGAAACGGAAGCUUCGUUCUUUUACGUUGGCUUCGCUUCUCGCGGGUGGCUGUUCUUCUCUGGCUGUACGCGGGAAGAAGGGAUAAUCCAGGGCCAUCCGCAGUCAGGUCCACGUCCGCACCAUCCGAGCGUCUCGUCGCCAUGCCUCGGAAAAUUGAGGAAAUCAAGGAUUUCCUGCUCACAGCCAGGCGGAAGGAUGCGAAAUCUGUCAAGAUAAAGAAGAACAAAGAUAAUGUGAAGUUUAAAGUUCGAUGCAGCAGGUAUCUUUAUACCUUGGUCAUCACAGACAAAGAAAAGGCAGAGAAACUUAAGCAGUCCUUACCUCCAGGCUUGGCGGUAAAGGAGCUGAAAUGAACCAGCCAGACUGAUUGAAGUACAUUAAAAAGCUUCAAAAGUC